CCCCCCCCCCCCCCCCCCCACACACACACACACACACACGGAGUGUAGUAAUAGUAUGGAAGAAAAUGGAAGCUGUGAUGAUGUUGAUUGGAAGAAUGAUAUGGAGUCUCUUCCGUCUGAUGAGAAGAGUGAGGAGUUUGAUGGCAACAGAGAGAGUAAUAAGACAAAUUCCAGCGCAAGCUCGAGCAAUAGCAUGGUCGAGGAGAGUAGUGAUCAGAAGAAGCCGGCAUCGACCGGAGUCAGGCCAUAUGUGAGAUCUAAGGUGCCAAGGCUUCGAUGGACUCCUGAACUUCAUCUCCGUUUUGUUCAAGCUGUGGAGAGACUUGGGGGUCAGGAAAGAGCAACUCCUAAAUUGGUUUUGCAACUCAUGAAUAUCAAGGGGCUUAGCAUUGCUCAUGUCAAAAGCCAUUUACAGAUGUAUAGGAGCAAGAAGAUGAAUGAUCGCGGUGAAGUAAUAAACACGAGGCCAGAUCUUAUGGACUUUCCUCACAAUCUCUGGCAACAGUCCAUGUUUGGAAGUCUCAACCCGAGGAGUUCCACUUUCAGUAAUAGGGGUUGCCAUAAUAUUAUUAAUGGACAAAUUAGGAACUGGAAUUGCGGGUCUUACUCUUAUGUGACCGAUGACGCCUUGAAUAUAAGGAAAGGAGCCGGGUUUCCUAGUUUGACAGUCGAGGCAAUAUUGAAGAAUGGAGCUUCCUACGCCAUUGACAACUACCAGAGCUGCUUCCGGCAACAAGAAAUCAGCAAGCGAACCGAACCGUUCAUGCAGCCUUCCCCCUUUGUUCGAGCUGCAUUGGUCCAGGCCCAGACAAUUAUGCCAUCAUUUGCGACUCACACUUCCCCUAAAUCUAGCUACCAUGAAGAACUAAUGAUAUCUAGAAGGGGAGGAGACAGCAGGGCGGAUCAUCAAGAUUAUUGUUAUAGGAGCAGCAUGAGCGGAUUAAACGGAAACCUGCAUUGUCAGGAGCCGGAUACCAUGAAAAGAAAAGCUGCAGAUGAGGACGAUAUGGAUGGUGGUUUUGAUCUUAGACUCUCACUGAGCACGAAGCCAAAAGCUAGAGGGAAGGAGCUGGCAAAGAAGAGGGCACUACGGGAGAAUCACGAGGAAGAUAGAAUGGUCCUUCGUUUAUCUUGUUCGUCGGCUUCCAAGGAGUAGUAUUAUUAUUACUAAUUACAGCAGCUGCCACGUCAGGACAAUUCCCAGCAGCGGUCGAUCUGAACAGUAUGCCAUCAAACCCUAAUUAACUCACUCAUUCGUUUAAUUAGUUUGGAAAGAAAGAAAUAUAUAUAUAUAUAUAUAUAAUAUGGAAAAUUAUGAUGUUGUAGUUGAGUAUCGAUCGGAUCACACAAUCUUGAUGAGUACCCUGGAUCUGACUAUGAAUUUGCUGUCAGGUACAUAUAUAUUCGAGUGAGAUCUUGUUGGUACUUGUACAAGAGAUGACGAUGAUUAUACAAUAUAUACCAUGUAUGCUGUGCAUUGGAACUAUAUAUAUAUACACACAAA